AUAUAAAAUCUGUUUUGCAUGUUGUUCUGAUGCUGCUGAUUUCAUAUUAUCCUGUCUGUCCCGUGAGAGAACUAGUAAGACCACCUUCGCAUUUUAAAAGCGUGCACUAUACUGAUGCGCUCGUGCUUCAUGUCAGCAAUGGAUCUGGUCUUUUUCUUUUACUGUAUUUAACUUUAUCUCCUCACUCAUGAAUAUUUCUCAGAGUAGUGCUGGUCUCGGCACCGUGCUGCCUCUUACUAGUUUCGAGAACAUACUUCUGUUUCUCUUCAGUAUAAUUCUCGCCACAGCCAUCAUUUUUAUCAACGUGUCUGUGUUCGUGUCCAUCGUGAUGAACAGAUCCCUGCGCAGCGAGAACCGCUUCAUGUACAUGCUCAGCACGUGUCUGAGUGACUUCUGCUCGGGCGUCUCCUAUUAUUAUGUUGGAGUUAUGGAUGUACGCGAUUAUUAUGACUCCCCGACUCGUACUUUCACUAUCGUUCACACUUUCCUGGGUCUGUCCUAUAUGGCGAUUCUGGCCGCGCAAGCGGAUCGCUACCACGCGGUCUCAGCGCCUUUCAAAUACUCGCAGCGCAUGACGCGCAACAGAACCCUGCUGGUGAUUCUGGCCUACUGGCUUUAUGCUUUCCUCAUAGUGGCUGUUAAUAAUUUGGUGCCUAUGGGAGUUGCUAAAAGUGUGACGGGAUUUGGUACUUUUGUGGUGAAUAUUUUCACCGUCAUUAUCAUGAUUGUGUUGAACGUCAGGUUGUUCUUCAUCGCCAAAUUUCAGCUGGAGCGCGAACCCCCGAGCGAGGAACGUGACAACAAGCGCGCGUCCGUUUAUCUCAUCAUAAUAGUGGCUUUGUGUUUUCUGAUCUCGUGGUUGCCGCUUUUUCUUCUUGUUAUUAUAUGUAACUUUACUGGGUCUACUUCCUAUUUGUUCAGAAACGAGGGCACAGACCCCCUGCGCAUUCUGGCGCGUCUCAAUGCAGUCAUCACACCAUUACUGUACAUCAGAGGCUGUACUGCACUCAGGAGCACCAUCAUGAUUCAAGUCUGGAGAAUAGCGUGCUACAAGAGGAAAGGAUAAAUCUGAGCACACUCACACAUGCAGUUUCUCAGCAAAUCUGAAAACAACAUGAAGCCUGCAGAUAAAAAUUUAAUCUUUGUAAAGUGUUUCUACAGUAAACAGCUAUAUCUGUGUAUAUUGAUUCAGUAAAUCCUAUAUGAUGAAUGACUGGAAAAUUCCUGGAGAUUUUUUUGAAAUCUUCACUUUUGUAAAUCAAUGAAAUCCAGACCAUGAGACAUACAGCAGGUCUUUGUUUAGUAUU